CGAGUAUUGUGAAGUGUUUCACACGAUGCAUACCGUUCUCUCUCGUCUCAACACGGUUUUCGCUUUUACGCUCUCUGUAUUGGCAGCGACAACCUUUCUAUGUUUUCUAACAACAAGUUUCAACAGCAACUUUAGUCCCAGCAACUUGCAGGCAGGAAGAGUUCUCAUUAAAAAUGUUCCGGACUUCACUGGUGAUCGAGACAGGAACGAUCUCGCGUUGCUGACAUUUGAUCUCAAAGCAAAUCUGACAGACGUAUUCAACUGGAACGUGAAGGAGUUGUUUUUGUACGUGAUGGCAGAAUAUUCAUCACCAAAUAAUGUGAGGAAUCAAGUGUUUCUAUGGGACAAGAUACUGCUGAGAGAUGAGAAUGGUGUUCUGGAGUAUAAGGAUAUGAACACUGAUUAUUACUUUUUUGAUGAUGGACUAGGACUCAAAAGCAACAAGAACAUAUCUUUGUCUCUAUAUUGGCAAAUUAUUCCAAACGCUGGCCAAACACCAAGAAUACGAAGUGUAUCACAAUUGGUUGAAUUUCCUGACCGUUACACUGCUAUCAAACAAUAGCAUUGCUAUCAUUCUCUCUGUAGUAGAGUUUAUGAGUAACAUCUCUGUUGUAUAAUCAACAGAGCAUGAACUACAGUACUGUAGCAUGUCAAUUUCACUAGGAUCGAGUUGACAUUAUAGACAUACAAGUAAAGUCAAAAGACACUA